AUGUUGUCCAUCGCCCCCCAGGAAUUCCAGUCCCAGCAGCCUUACUACUAUAUGCCCUACCGUUCCGACUCUUCGCCACGACAGCACCCUCACCCCGAGAUCCCCUACUUCAACUUUGCCAACAUCAGCCCUCCGCCAACCCUCGACUCGGCGACCACCGCUGCCAUGGCCGCCGCUGCCGCCGUCAACGCCCGCUCCCAGCAGGAUGCCAGUGUCGCCCAGGCCCUCGAGAUUGCCCGCGAGAGCCCCGACGGCUCCUCAGACCCAACCAUCAGCAAGAUCCUCGAGGUCGCCCUCGCCCAGAUCUGGGCCAAGGUCCAGGCCCAUCCCGACUCGUACGUCAUGACCAGAGACGAGUUUGCCGUCUUCAACUUCUUCCAGCACCGGUUUACCGGUGAUAAGACGGCGGUGAAGGCCCGGAAGCGAUACUGGGACAACACCCACGCUUGA